UGAAUAUAUUCUAUGGUCAUUAAAGUGUAUACGAAAAUCAUAACUGGCGGGAAAGUUUUAUUAUCAUUUUGUGUUGUACUUUUUUAUUUUUCUAUUUAGUUAUUAAAUGCAACAAUACUGAAACUGCGAAAUUCUAUAAAAUUCAAUUUUAAACCAUUCGUGAAUAUGUAAGCUUUUGAUCUCAUUGAGGAAAUGUGUACCUGUCAACUUUAGGCCACAGGAUAACCUUUCAUAUUUUUAAGUCUUUUUAUAUACAUUUUAUAGGAGUUUAUAUUUUAUAUUAAGAAAAAUAAGAAAGAACAUAUAAUAAACAUAAAAUUAAAAUCAUGGCUACUCAGGAGAGUACAUUGGGUGGUGAGGGAUUAAACGUUUAUUUUGUUAUCCCAAGUAAAUAUGAUAGCGAUAAAGAAUGUUCCGAUGACAUGUGGCUCGCAUAUAAUAAAUGUGAAGAAUUUGAUAUAAAUCCAAUAUGGAUCACUGAAAAGGAAUGCCAAAAUAUGGAACCACAAAAAGUGGAUGUUUUUAUAAUGGAGGAAUUUUCAGGAAAACUUUUUGAAACACUGAGAUCUUCAAAAUGCUCCAGAAUUGUUGGGCCUCGAUGCUUACUUUGUUGCCUAAUGAAUAACGAGCCAAUUCCUGAAGGUUCAAAUCCUGUUUUUGUUACUGCAAUGAGAGAUGUCGUUGUUUGCGCCUCUGGAUUUCCAGUAGAGAAAAAGCUUUGGAUUCAAGAAAAAGUCGAAUUUAUGGGCGGAAUUUAUUCACGUCAAUUAGUAGGCAGUGUAAUGUAUUUAGUAACCGAUCGAAUUAUGUCUCAAAAAUACGAGACUGCGGUAAAAAAAGAGUCAAUUAAAAUCAUGACAAUCGAUUGGAUUAGUGCAAUUUGGAAAGAGAAUAUGACGAAAUUUAUCAAGGCAACAGAUUCAAAAUUCGACAGAUAUAAAUGUCCCGUUUUUUUGAAUACAUUUAUUACUUCGACAGAUUUACAAAAGCAUCAAAAGAAAGAAAUUAUGACUCUUGUGAAUGCAAAUGGUGGUGAGUACACGGGAGAUUUAGAUGGCUCGCAAACAAAUAUUCUCAUAACUUCAGAAAGAGGUACUAUGACAAAAAAGCUGCAAUUUGCUUUGCAAAAGGACAUUGCAUGUUUACGAUAUCCAUGGAUUACUGAUAGUAUUAAAGCCGGUCAUGCACUUGCUUUUGAAGAUUAUUUGGUGACAUCAUCAAAUGCAUGUUCCACUCCAGAAAGAACAAACGCGACACUCGAUUUCACUUGUGGAAGUAUAAUUCCAUUUGAUAAUCAAAUUGUUGACGAAUCAUUGGCACAAAGUACAAUGAAUAAAAUAAACAGUACUUGCACACCAUCGAGUACUUUACCAAAUCAGACUCUUACAAAUAAGGAAUCGUACAUGAUUUUUCUCGAUGGCAUCACUCUUGUGUCUGUUAAAAAAUUAGGACCAUUUCUCGAUGGUUGUAACAUUUUUCUAACUGGAUUUCAAUCAAAAUAUAAAGAUAAAUUGAAUAAAAUUAUAAACGUAAGUUCUGCGACAAGAUUGGAUGAUAUUACCGACAAUAUAACUCACGUAUUGGUCGGAGAUGUAAUUAAAGCUAAAAACGAUCUCAAAACAAUUUAUUCGGACGGACUGAGACCAUACAUUGUAAAUUUUAAAUGGUUGGAAGAAAGUAUAAAACUAAAGCAACCUGCGUCGGAAGAAUGUUUCUUAAUAGAAACUGAAAAUACAUUGCAAAAAGUUGCUGAACCUCCUUCGCCGCUUAGCAAAAAGAAUAUGGAGAUGCUUAAACGACCACAAAAACCGCCUCCACCAUUAUUCAACGACAAUACUUUAAAAGAAGCUGAAGUUUUUGAUGAACCAGAUUUAAUUGCGGAAUAUUCUAGAAGACCUACAGCUCCUACAAAAUCAACGGCUGAGAUAUUUCAAAUAAGUAGUAAAAAUUCCAAUGAAAAAUUAACAAAAAGUAUAAAUACAACAUCGCAGUCGACGUCGUUUAGAUAUAAAACACGAGACAGUGAAUCGUCAGUUCCAUUGAGUCAAACUGACACAAUUGUUGGAAAAGUAUUUGAAGGGCAAAAUUUUAUCUUGUCUGGUUUUCAACGCGAGGAAUAUCAUCAUUUGGAAAUGCGUAUUCGUGCAAUGGGCGGUGAAAUUGUUUCUCGAUCUUAUCCUGGAAUACCUGAUUUUGGUGUUGUUCCAUUUUGUGGCGGUAUUUUUCGUGGUUCCGUCAACGAAAUUGUCACCGACAUGUUCAUUGAUGACUGUGUCGACAGAGAUGAAUUGGUUCCAUUGCUAUAUUAUCAUCGUCCAAUUGUUAUAAAAGAAGACGUGAAACCCUUGCAAGAUUGUGUUAUAGCAAUAAGCACUUAUUCCGGACAAGAGAGACAAUUUCUUCAACAGUUGGCUGAAAGUUUAGGAGCAUUACAUCAAGACACAUUUGCAAGGAGAACAAAUUUGGUGAAAAAAACAUUAGCAAACACUCAUUUGAUUUGUCCUUUGCCAGAAGGUUCCAAAUAUUCAGCGGCUGUCAAAUGGAAUUUGCCAGCAGUUUCUGCCGAAUGGCUUAUGGAAUGUGCUAAUAAAUCAUCGUUCAUUAACGAAACGCCAUAUCUCGUGGGAAUAACAAAAAUACCCGAAUCACAAAACAUUGGAAUGAAACCUCCUACACAAACUCCAUCGAAAGCAUUUACACCAAUUCGAUUGGCAGCUAUUCAACAACAAGAAACGCCGGGAAUGCAAACGCCACUUGUAAAUAAACGACUCAGUGGAAUUAUGAAUAAAACACCGCAAUCACCGUUUCAUGUCAAUACACCGGAAACACCUUAUGGUGCAUUUAUCAAGGACAAUCCAUCGCCGGACACAAGAAAAGGAUGGGUCAAGUGGAUUAAUAAUUUUCCUGAUUUAAGAGAAACUGAUAAUCCUCCCCCGACAAAGAGAAGAGCUCCGAGUACUCCAUUUUCAGAUCUUAAACGUCAACUUUGGGAGAAAUUAAAAGGACCAUUGGAUGGGGAAUCUAGUGGAAACACAUCGUUAAAUAAUAGUAAUUCAACGGAAAAUGAUAAAGUUUUUCAAGCCGAGGAUCGAACGAAUAGAAAAUUGUCCUAUGCUGAUGAAAAUAGUCCCGCGAAGGCCAAUUUAGUUGAUCUGCAAAUACAAAAGUUUGAUAAAGCUUUGCGAGCAUCAACGAGCUCGUCUGGUAGUGACAAGAAAAGAUUCUCAAUGAGUGUGGAUAGUGAGAAAAAAUAUCAAUUCGAACCGGAAACAGACAAAUGCAUGGAGAAAGAAACACAACCAUUUACAGUUGGUUGGCAAUAUCCGAUAGCACAUGAAGAAACAACGGAACCCGCAAAUGAAGAAUUAACAGGAUCUACAGUUCCAAUGGCAGCUACAACAGCAAGAACACCAACUCCAGAAGUACCGAAACGAAAAUUUAUGCUCUCAGGAUUAAAAGACAAACCGCCAUAUGAAAAAGUAAUUAUUGAACUUGGUGGUGAAGUGUCGACGGAAUUAACUUUCGAUUCUACCGCAACGCAUUUACUCAGCUUCAAACCUGCAAGAAAUGAAAAAGUUCUCGGUAGCAUUGCAUCUGGAAAAUGGAUAUUACAUCCAAAUUAUAUUAAAGAUAGUGAGAUUGCCAACAAAUUCCUUGACGAAGAGGCAUACGAAUGGGGAAAUCCUAAUUGCAGUGACAUAUUAUUAUCUUCAUUGACAACUGAAAUUGAAUUUGCAAUUGCCGCUGCUGCUUAUCGUUGGAGAAUUAAAUUAACCAAUGAACCUGGUGGUGCAUUUGAGGAUAUGGUCGCAUUACUUUUGGUUCAAGAAGAAAAAUUAGAAUCAUUCGAAAGACUUAUUGUCGCUGGAAAUGGAUGUGUCGUAAAAUCCAGUUCAUCAAACGAUCAAACGUCAUCGGAGAAAAAAAUCACUCAUUGUUUUAUUCAAUUGAAGCAAAAGGAUCAAAUAGUCGAUUGGGCGACAAUGGCAAGUAAAGGAAUUUUGUGCUUUCAUCCACAAUAUCUACACAAUAUUUUGACAUCAGAAUCAUCACUAAAUCCCCGAGAAAAUGUGCUGCCAGAAUUUAAAAAGUAUUUAGCACUUUUUUCAAAGUGAAUUAGUUUUGAACAAUAAUCACUAAACCAGUGAGUUUCUAUUGCUUUGUGUGUGUAUAUAUAUACAAAAAAAAAUCAUCUGUUGUUUGU